GUCAGACUCGUCCUGCGACCAUCAUCGUAUUUGAAGUCCUCGAGAGAGCUGCUACAAUCCGCUAAGCGUGUUUGUUCUCCUGUCACCCUAGACAGCUCUCGCGCCCUCCUUCACUCACUACCCAGUACAGCAAACCCUGAUCGUCGUGCAGGUUCUCUUUCCUCCUUUGCAUUUUCAAGAUGGUGCAUCUUCCAUUCAAACCCGGUGACCGAGCCUCUGUUGUUGAAUAUCAAUCCCGCAUGUUUGAUUUGCAGUGCGAAUAUGCCCGCAAACCAACAUCGCAAGGGAUGGAGUUCGAGCUCGUUCUCGUUGCAGGUUACUCCAAUGCCAGACCGCCGCUGAAUGAGCCACGUCCCCGCGUUCCUCCUUUUGUACCUUUGGGUACACCCGCACGGUUUUUGCUCGUGGAGCCACUGCAGACAGACUACGGGUAUCGAUCCCAAGUCUGGCUGGCACGGCUGGCGACAACUGGCGCCGACGUCGACCCGGACGUGACUUUGGUGUUCAAAUUCAUAAUCCCGAGCUACACCCAGCUUCCCGAAUAUGACAUCACCUCCGCCGACAUUAUAAUGGGUCUGUAUGUGUUCCCGGAGGUUCGCGCCAUGAAGGAAGCGACCGCGUACAAAAAGCUUGCCGACUUUCAGGGGAGUACGAUACCUUACUUCUUUGGAAUGCACAACGUCACUCUGCCACAUGGCGAGGUUGCGUACCUCUUGGUAUUUGAGUACAUCGUGGGACCUACUUUGCAGGAGGUUCAGGCUCAGAUCGAUGCGCUGGACGCAAGCUCUCUGACGACUAAAUUCUGGAAUUACGAGCAGUAUAUUGGCCUGUUUCUCGAAGCCGUCACUACGCUCCGCGAGGCGCACGAUAGGGACGCGUACCACUGCGAUAUCAAGGAGGCGCACAUCAUCGUCGACGAGAACAACGGACACCCUGUUCUCAUUGAUUGGGAGAAUAAAGACCAUUCGUUAUCUGGACGUGCGAAUGAGCCUCGGCCGCUUCAAGCGCAGGUGUGGCACGACAUGCAAGAACUGUUGUCCGCUUUCUUUGACUGUCGUCGGCACAGAACGCGUCUGCUUCAAUACACUGAUAGCGUUCCCGGCCUUGUACGGUUCUAUACACUAUGAUAGCGUAGAAAAGACGUGGACACCGCCAUUAUGAGAACCAUCUCGCCUUUGCAGACUGCCUG